AUGGAUUCUGCGAGCAGUGACAAGGCGGACGGCAAGGCGCUUCCCUGGACUGAGGAAGCCAAAUUCCAGCUCCUGAUCCGCAUUGUCGCCCAGCUGCGCGAGAACGGACGGUCCAUCAACUGGCAGAAGAUCGACAUGCCAGGUCGCACUGUAAAGUCCAUGCAGAACAUGUGGACCAAGAUCAAUAAGAUGAUUGCGGAGGUUGAGACCGAGGGGGGGGAUGUGCCGAUUCAGCGGCCUACUCGUGGGUUUUUCCCCCCCUUCUCCCCCGGCUUUCCCUUUGUCCUUGUCGUGGGUCGUGCCGUCGACCGUCUUGUCAUGCUCGCCGUUCUUAGUGCCGCUGGUGAAGCCAAGGCUGGGGGCGGCGCUGCCAAAAGGCCCAAGAAGGGGACCGACGACACGGAAGAGGAACAAGGCUCGGCGUUGAAGGCGGAACCCGAUGUGGAGGCAUAA